AUGACAUCGACCCCCGCUAUCAGGAUCUCUCAACACCGUCAGUAUUCCAGCCCUCCGUCGUACUGUUCCGCUCUCGGCUCAGCCUCUGCCUGCCCUAUGGGAAUACCUGGAGCUCAAGAACAUGUGCCCCCACCCUUGCCACCCCCGAGUUACAUCCCAGACAUCGCCUCUGGACACGACCCGGGCUGGCAAUGGGGCAACAACCCUGACGAUUCGGAUUUUGGCCGACCAGCCGUGGUGAAGCCUGGAUCAAGUUUACUAGGCGAAGGGAUGGGAUUGUACAGACAAGAGAGGGAGAAAGACGGCAGUGUGACUGCAACAGGCGGCCAAGCGCGGAGAGGGAGCUCUAUAUCCACGGUGACGGCAGGUCGCGAUGUUGACAUGAUCGACGAGGGUAUGAUACCGAGCGACGAGGACAGGCCAUCUCCGAACUAUAGCUUACAGAGCGAGCGGCAACUAGAACGGCGAACGCUGGACGCUUCCUCUAAUGACUAUGACAAACGAUUACUUAGCCGCAUCGGCGGCCCAAACACACCAAAACGGUCCUCAGUUUCUUACUCCGGCGCGGAAGCGGCUCAGAUCGCUCAAGCGGCCCAUGACCGGCGCAACAGCAUUCUCAGACCUCUUUCUCUCCCUGAUGGACGACAAGCACCAUCACUCUCUGUGGGUUCGCCAGUAGGCUCAAGGUGGCCCUCCUCGGCCGCUGUUUCUCCGGGCUCCAACACUUUCUGGGCGGAGCAGGGUGCCUACGAGAAUGGCCGCCCCUCGAUAUCACGCCAUGGCAGCCUUGCAUUCGACGACAGCGUGUCACACCGAAAUAGCAUCGACCAGUCCAUGUUCCUUAACGAGGAGCUCAUGGAAGAUGCACCCAUGAUGAGCCUGAACAUUCACGACCGGAGUCCGUCUGGAUCGGACGAUAUGGAUUCACGAGCAGGUACGAAGCGGCGUGCGCCAUCAUCACCGCGCGAAGGCGAACGGGGAGAGCGGUCGUCCGUGAGCAGUGCUUCUGGCCAGAAUGACCUUUACCACCGGCGUUCAAUACAGCAACUCCCGAAUCGCGACUCACCCGUCUCACGCUUCCACCCGAACCACUCUUCGGUGUCUUCUGCUUCUUCUCACGGGCCAAGACAAGGCUCGCUUGGCUCGUCGCUUGGGCUAGCAAGCAUACCAAGCAGCGCGACAAGCUACGGCUCGUCAGACCGCCUCUCACCCAAUCCCGUGUCACCACCCGCGGACCCUGGUUUUCGGCUCGGGACGCCUUACGCUACCGCUAGCGCCAAACCGACCCCCACCACGCAUCAACGGACUGUGUCAGAGAGCACUCAAGGUGAUGGGCGCACAUCGCCGAGUGACAGCAUGAGCCACUCACGUACAGGCAGUCUGACACAACUACCCGCCGGGUUCAUGUGUGAGUGCUGUCCGAAGAAACCCAAGAAGUUCGACAACCAAGAGGAGCUAAGGCUGCACGAAGCCGAGAAACAAUACACAUGCGCUUACUGUCCAAACCGCUUUAAGAACAAGAACGAAGCCGAGCGCCACCAGAAUUCACUCCACCUGCGGCGCCACUCUUGGUGCUGUGCCGCGCUUUCCGGACCAGAAGCAGCAUUCCACCCGUCGCAGAACAGCAGUGGUACCGACACGUGUGGCUACUGUGGCGACGAGUUCUCUAAUCCACCCCAAUGGGACAUCCGGGCUGAACAUCUCAGCCACAAGCACAAAUUUCAAGAGUGCAACCAAGCCAAGAAAUUCUUCAGGGCCGAUCACUUCAGGCAGCAUUUGAAACAUAGCCACGUCGGGACCAGUGGAAAGUGGACAAACCAGCUAGAGAAUGCAUGUAUGCAAGACGAGCCUCCGCCGGAGAAGCGGGCCAGUCCAGUUACAGUGGAUGGAUUUGGCAGUCAAGCUCCGCCUGCGCUUAUGGUUGCAACCAGUGGCCUCGGCAUGAACCCUCGCAGCAGUCGCAAUACACUGGCGGAGACUCCCAUGGACAGCUAG